AAGGAAGGUUCGGCCUCCAGUUUUAAGGCCUAAAAAUCCCACGACCACCACCUCCACCUCCCUCUCCUUUCUCCGAUGGCUUGCCCCGCCACCGCCGCCGCUUCUUCUUCUUCUUCUUCUUCUUCUUCUUCAGAAUUACCCAUCAAGCGCCGGAAAUCAGCUCUUUCUUCUUCAGAAUUACCCACCAAGCGCCGGCAAUCAGCUCUGAACAGGCAGACUCUGUUGCCGGGGCUUCCCGACGACGUGGCCCAGCUCUGCCUCUCCCCCCUCCACCCCUCCCUUCUCUACUCCGUCUGCCGUUCAUGGCGCCGCCUCAUCUACUCCCCCUCCUUCCCUUCUUUCCUUUCUCUCUACGCCCUCUUCUUGCCCUCCCAAUCCCAAACCCACCUUCCCGAUUCCAUCCAUUUCAUUUCCUUCGAUCCGAUCUCUUCCUCGUGGCACCCCCUCCCUCCGCCGCCAACUGACCCGCCUCUCCGCCCUAUCCUCCGCCACCCCUCCUUCCUCUCCCGGAAUCUCCCCGUCCAAUCCCUUUCCAUCUCCGGAAAACUCGUCCUGCUGGCCGCCACUGCCGACCCAUUCCUCCCCGCCCUCCCUCGUCCCCUCGUCUUCAACCCGCUCUGCCAGAAAUGGGCGUUCGGCCCUCCGCUCGAUUCUCCCCGCCGCUGGUGCGCCGCGGGUGCGUCGGGCGGCGCCGUCUACGUAGCCAGCGGGAUUGGGACCCAUUACAACUCCGACGUCGCUCGCUCCGUUGAGAAGUGGGACCUCCGGAACAAUCGCCCGAGAAACAACCGAAGAAACGCUGCAAAUAGAUGGUUUGAAUUGGGAUGGAAGUGGGAGAAGAUGGGAGCGCUGAGUCACGAAAAGUUCUGCAGAGACGCGAUCGAUGCGGUCGGGUGGAGAGGGAAGCUCUGUAUGGUGAACGUGAAAGGCGACGCGGCGAAGGAAGGCGUCGUCUACGACGUGGAUGGCGACGCGUGGGCGAAGAUGCCGGAGGGGAUGGUCGGCGGGUGGCGAGGGCCGGCGGCGGCCAUGGACGAGGAGACGCUGUAUGUGGUGGACGAGUCCAAGGGGGUGUUGAGGAAAUACGAUUCGGACAAUGAUCGGUGGGAGGAGGUGCUGGAGGCGGAGGAGAGGCUGAGAGGGGCGAAGCAGAUGGCGGCGGCGGGAGGCAGGGUGUGCGUGGUGUGCGAGGGGGGGAGUGGGAUAGUGGUGGUGGACGUGGCGGCGUCUCCGGCGAGGUUGUGGGUGGUGGAUACGCCGGAGGGGCUGGAAGCCGUGGCCGUGCAUAUAUUGCCGAGGAUGAGCCAUUAAUUGCCGAGGCGUUUUACUACAAUUAAGAGUCAUAUAUUACAAUGACUAAACUUCAUUCUUUGGGGUUCAUUUCACGUCAUGUCUGUGAUGUUAUGUCCAAUUAUAUGAUUGAAUUUAUUACACUA